AUGGUUGAAAACAAUGAAAUGGAAUUGUCAGAAGCUGAGGCGGAACAGUACGAUCGUCAAAUACGUCUAUGGGGCUUGGAAUCGCAAAAGAGGUUACGUGCAGCCAAAGUACUUAUCAUUGGAAUGAACGGUCUUGGCGCUGAGAUUGCAAAGAAUGUUAUUUUAUCCGGCGUAAAAAGUGUUUGUUUACUAGAUAAUGAAAAGCUCAAAGAAAUAGACCUGUAUUCCCAGUUUUUAUCACCACCGGACAAAAUCGGUGAGAACAGAGCGGAAGCGUCGGUACAGAGAGCUAAGGCGUUGAACCCUAUGGUUGAAAUUACAACAGAAACUAAGUCUGUAGACAAUCUAACUGAUAGUUAUUUCACUCAAUUCGAUGUGGUAUGUGCGACAGGUUUAAAACAGGAGCAACUUGAGCGUAUUAACAAUGCUUGUCGUGAUAGCAACAAAAAGUUUUUAUGUGGUGAUGUAUGGGGCAUGUACGGCUAUAUGUUUGCUGACCUCGUUGAUCACGAGUACUCUGAAGAGAUUGUCCAACACAAAGCUUUGAAACGUGGUCCAGAUGAUACUGAGAAGACUGCUAGAGAAACAGUCAGUAUUACUGUUAAGCGCAGGGCUAUUUAUGUUCCACUCCAAAAUGCUUUAUCUGUAGAUUGGAUGAAUCCUGAAAUGCGGUCUAGAUUACGCCGCGGUGACCCCUCCUACUUUGUAAUGAAGAUUCUACUGAGAUUUAAAGAUGAAUAUAAUAGAAAUCCGGAUCCAUCUAAGAGGAAAGAAGAUACAGCAAUACUACUGCGAAUGAGAGAUGAGAUUGUUAAAGAGUUGUCACUGCCGGCCAACUUCAUAGUUGAUGCACUACUUCAAGAUGUGUUUGGUACUGUGUCUGGUGCUGCUGCAGUUAUUGGAGGAGUGAUUGGGCAGGAAGUUGUGAAAGCUGUGAGUCAAAGAGAACCUCCACAUAAUAACAUGUUCUUUUUCAAUCCACUGAAAUGUGUUGGGUUCGUUGAACUUUAUGGCCAGUGA